AGAGCUGAUUGGUUGCCUGGCACUUCAUCUGUGGCAAGCAGGACAAUGGCUGCCAGCAAGAGCAAGAACCAGAGUUCCUUGGCCCUCCAUAAAGUAAUCAUGGUUGGCAGUGGAGGUGUGGGCAAGUCUGCACUCACUCUUCAGUUUAUGUAUGAUGAGUUUGUAGAAGACUAUGAACCUACCAAGGCUGACAGCUACAGAAAGAAAGUAGUUCUGGAUGGUGAAGAAGUUCAGAUAGACAUUCUGGACACUGCAGGACAGGAGGAUUAUGCAGCUAUUAGAGAUAACUAUUUCCGCAGUGGGGAAGGGUUUCUUCUAGUCUUCUCAAUAACAGAGCAUGAAUCCUUUACAGCAACAGCGGAGUUUCGGGAACAGAUCCUGCGUGUGAAGGCUGAAGAGGAUAAAAUCCCUUUACUGGUAGUGGGAAAUAAAUCUGACUUGGAAGAGCGCAGACAAGUGCCUGUAGAAGAGGCCAGAAGCAAGGCAGAGGAGUGGGGCGUGCAGUAUGUAGAAACCUCUGCCAAAACUAGAGCAAAUGUAGAUAAGGUAUUCUUUGAUUUAAUGAGAGAAAUCAGAGCAAAGAAAAUGUCAGAAAACAAAGACAAGAAUGGCAAGAAAAGUGGCAAGAACAAGAAAAGCUUUAAAGAAAGAUGUUGCUUACUGUGAUGUUUGGGAACUGUAAAUAUCUAUCUACAGGUGGCAUGGAUAAGAUACCACUAAGGAUAUAGGGCUGGAUUCAUGAAAGGAAGUCUGUAUUGACUCCCUUAUCUUUUGCUUUGCAUAUCACACCUUCAAAAUGUGAAAACAGAACUUUGAAACCAUUUCUGGUAUCCAACAAAACCUAUGCCUACUUAAACUGAAAUGGGCCUCUGUCUUCCCAGUGUCUUUCAAAACUAGAAACAGUUUCAGAACUACAAUCCUACUGCUUGCUUAUACAAAGUAUUUUGGUAUUAACUUCCUAGUUUACUCUGUUUCUCUGAAUAUGUUUCUCUUGAACCUCAACUGGCCUUAACAAGCACAGCUGUUCAGUUUCAAUCUUUUUUUUCCGCUGUUGCUGCUCUCCUUGCUGUUUCAAACUGAAGAAAAGCUAGGCGACAUCUGGUAAAGGGUUUGAGUCUCCAUCUUGUUAGUUGUCACUGGUAUUUCUUACACUGAAAUCUGCUGGCUUCCUCCCUACACUCCAUGUAAGAAAUAGCAACUGACACUUGAGAGUUAACUCAAAACAAACUUUCUUCCAUGAUCUGUUUAGUCAAUACAGCAUUCAUGAAUCAAGCCUACGGACUCAAUUCAGACU